CUAUAUUGUAUAUAUACUAACAACUGUAUAUAUAUAUAAAAUAACGUGUGUGGGCUGUUAACCGUUGCUGCUGCACUUCUCAUAACAUUACAAAGAAGGGGAAAGUUUUUAUUGGAGAUUAGAAAAAUGUGGCCCGGGGGUGGUAUUGUCACCUCUUGCGGCAAGCAACGAUACCUGACGUCUGGGUUUACCUGUAUCAUUGGGUUGAUUCUUGUUGUUUGGUGCACACCCUCAACAAAUGCAGUGAUAUGUCGUGAUCCUCUAAAAUGCAAUUGCACAGGAAUAAAAGGAACACCAGGUUAUCCAGGAAUAGGUGGACCACAAGGACCAGAAGGUGAUCCUGGUGAAAUUGGUCCAGAUGGUCCAGAUGGUCCAAAGGGUGAAAAAGGUGCUGGUGGUGAACAUGGUGGUACCGGUGAAAAAGGCUAUCGAGGAGAAUUUGGUAUCCAAGGUUUCACUGGAACUUCAGGUUUAUCUGGACAUCCAGGUAAUGAGGGAGUUCGAGGACCAGAUGGUUUAGAUGGUUGUAAUGGAACUGAUGGAAGAGCUGGAGCACCAGGUUUACCUGGUACAUAUGGACCAAGAGGUCAAGUUGGUGCUGAUGGUGAUUUUGGUCCAACUGGUGAACCUGGUGAUGGAGGAAUUAAUUCAGUUGGAGUUAAAGGAGAAAGAGGAGUUCCUGGUUUUGAUGGACCAAAAGGAUACGAUGGCGGUUAUGGAAUGCGAGGAGAACAUGGUACUCCAGGUUCAACUGGUGAUAUUGGAUAUCAAGGUGAACCAGGUCUACCAGGUCUUAAGGGAGAUACUGGUGAUGAUAUUCAUGGUGACAAAGGACAAGUUGGUGAGCCGGGUGAUCGAGGUGAACCUGGACCAAACAGUGAACAGUAUACAAAAAACGAAGAAACAAUUCCAGUUAAAGGACCUCAAGGACCUAAAGGAAUGCGUGGUGAUUAUGGUCUUAGAGGAAGAACUGGACCUAUUGGAGAUCGAGGACCAAUUGGAAGACCUGGUUUUUUGGGCAUAAAAGGUGUCAAAGGUGAACAGGGUGGUGAUGGACAAAGAGGUAAACAAGGUAUCAAUGGUCCAGCUGGACCAGCUGGUGAAAAAGGAGAAAAAGGAGCACCUGGAUAUGCUGGUCUUCCUGGAGUUGAUGGACUAGAUGGUGAAAUUGGAGAAGAUGGAAACACUGGUCCACCUGGAAAACAAGGUUCAGCUGGUGAAAAAGGACAAUAUAUACCGGAACUUGAUGAAAUUGUUAGUGGACCAAUUGGAAUUCAAGGAGAUCUUGGUCCACCGGGUGCAAUUGGACAAUCUGGAAUUCCUGGAAAUCCUGGUUUAGUUGGAUACAUUGGACCUCCAGGAAUACCUGGUCCUCAAGGAUCACCUGGUUUAGCUGGACCAAAAGGAACAUCAGUUAAAGGAGAACAAGGUGAUGAUGGAUUACCUGGUCCAAUGGGAGCACAAGGUCCUUUAGGUCGACCUGGUUUACCUGGAACAAUUGGAGCUAAAGGUUUUCCUGGUAUGUCAAUAACUGGACCACCAGGACCUGAUGGAAAACCAGGAUAUGAUGGAUUUGAUGGACCUCUUGGUGAUCGUGGAGAACCUGGUGACCCUGGUCCAAAGGGUUUUCCGGGUAAAGGAGUACGUUUUCAAGGACCUCGUGGUGAAGAUGGUCUUCCAGGAAUACCUGGUACUCCCGGUAAGAGUGGAUGGCCUGGAUACACCGGGCUAAAAGGUUUUAAAGGUUUACGUGGUGACGACUGUGGAGUUUGCGCUCCAGGCUUACCAGGAGUCAAAGGAGAACGAGGUGAUUCAGGCAGAGAUGGAUAUCCAGGUACACCAGGAUUUGCUGGUUUACCUGGGCCAAGAGGUUUUAAAGGUAAACACGGAAAGCCAGGUAUUACUGGCUCUAUGGGUCUUGAUGGUGAAGAUGGUAGACCGGGAACAGCUGGAUUACAAGGACCAAGAGGUUUACCUGGUCAAAUUAUUUGGCCAGAAUCAUCACAAAAAUUACAACCAUUACCUGGUGAUAUUGGUGACAAGGGUUUACCAGGUAUUGAAGGUUUACGUGGACCACGUGGAAGACCUGGUCAAGCUGGUGAAACAGGAUUAGUGGGACCAACUGGAGAAAAAGGUGAUUUCGGAGUUCCUGGUAUAUCUGGACAAGAUGGUUUUCCAGGUUUAGAUGGUAUACCUGGUGAAAAAGGAGAUGCUGCUGAUAUUCCUAUUGUAUUUUUACGUGGUGACCCUGGUUUUAAUGGUAAACCAGGUCAAAAAGGUAUCAAGGGAGAUCCUGGUGCAAAAGGUCAAGAAGGAGAGUCUUCUGCUUAUAACAUUGACUUUAGUGGUGAUAAAGGUGUUAAAGGACAGCCUGGAUCUGAAGGUGCCCAAGGAUUGAAAGGUCAGCAAGGUCAAAUUGGUGACGAGGGUCUGCCAGGUCCUAAGGGUUUUCAAGGACUACCUGGAUUAUCAAUUCAAGGACCAGAAGGCUUGAAAGGAUAUCCUGGAAUGCCUGGUAAUGAGGGUCCACGUGGACUCGCUGGUGAACCUGGUAAAAUAGGAUUUACAGGAAAAAUGGGACCAUUGGGACAAAAAGGAGAAAGAGGUGAUAUCGGAACUAAUUUAUUGUAUGGUGAAAUUGGAGAGCCAGGAUACCAUGGUGAAAAAGGUGAUUACGGUUUCGAAGGACCUACUGGUCUUCGCGGAAGAAAUGGUCCUGAUGGACCAACAGGAUUAAAGGGUGGUAAAGGAGCUCCAGGAUUUGCAGGUCUAUCUGGUCUUCAGGGAUCUAAAGGUGUCAGAGGUGAUAGUAUCCAAGGCCCUCGUGGUUUUCCAGGUCUUUCUGGUGAACCUGGUUUUAAUGGAAUGUUUGGUGACACUGGUUCAAUUGGACCAGAUGGUCCACCAGGUUUUGAUGGUAUGAAAGGUUUAAAAGGUGAAAUUGGUUUCUUUGGUCGUCGUGGUAUUGAUGGAGAUAUUGGACCAAUUGGUUAUCCUGGUAGAGAAGGAAUGCAAGGUCUACCAGGACCAUAUGGAGAAGAAGGUGAUGUUGGAGAAAUGGGUGAACCUGGCCCACCUGGUUUUCAAGGUCUUGAUGGUAUUGAUGGACCAUUUGGAGCUAAAGGAGAAAUUGGUGAUGAUGGAUAUCAAGGAUUUCCAGGUAUAACUGGACCAAUUGGAAAACAAGGUGAAACUGGUGAUCCUGGUUAUGAUGGUAUACCUGGUGAACGUGGUGAAAAUUCAUUCAGUGGACCACAAGGAGAUAUUGGAGAGCCUGGUUUAAUUGGAGAAGAUGGAUUACCUGGUUUACCUGGUUUUGAUGGUCGUCCUGGUCUUGCUGGUGAACCUGGACGUGAUACAUAUGGAUUUGAUGGUUCUAUUGGACAAAAAGGUGAACCAGGUUACAAUGGACGUGAUGGAAGAAUUGGCAUCAAGGGAGAAAUUGGUGAUAUGGGUCUUGAUGGUGAAAAAGGAAAACAAGGUGAUAUUGGUAUAAAAGGUUAUAUGGGUGGACCAGGAUACAAUGGAAGACCUGGUGAAAAAGGUGAAAUUGGACCUGCUGGUCCAAUUGGUUAUGAUGGUGAAAAAGGAAAACGUGGAUUAUACGGUGAGCCUGGUAAAAUUGGUCGUCCUGGAAAACCUGGUGAUGCUGGUCCACGAGGUUUUCCAGGUAUACCUGGUGUUCAAGGACCAAAGGGUGAAUCUGGUGAACCUGGUUUGGCUUCAUAUCUUGAUGCUGAUAAGGGUGAUUAUGGUGAUGCUGGAUUCCAUGGUUUACCAGGUAAAAAAGGAGAACGAGGUGAAGUUGGUAGAAUUGGUUCACGUGGACGUAAGGGAGCUGAUGGUGACUUUGGAUAUGCUGGACCAGAUGGAUUUGAAGGUAUAUUAGGUCUACCUGGACUUCCUGGUGAUCAAGGACCUCGUGGUUUGCCUGGUAUACCUGGUCAAUUUGCUGAACGUGGUGAACCAGGAAUGGCUGGUUUGAAUGGAAUUCCAGGACAAUAUGGUUUACAUGGAGCAAAAGGUGCACCUGGUGAAUAUGGACCAAAUGGACCAAAAGGUAUUGAAGGAGAUGCUGGAAGAAGUUCUCGUGGUCCCAAAGGAAUUCAAGGAGAUUAUGGUAUUCGAGGUUUUGAAGGUGCACCUGGUAAACCUGGAAAUCCAGGUAUGAUAGGUUGGCCAGGACAACCUGGACCAAAAGGUUUUACUGGUGAGCCAGGUUAUUCAGCGCAUGCUGCAAAAGGUAUAAUGGGUGAUGUUGGAUAUGCUGGUUUUGACGGCAGACAUGGACUCAAAGGUGAAAGAGGAAAUCCCGGAAGAGAUGGUGUACCUGGUUAUCGUGGUUUAAAAGGUAUACGAGGUGAUACUGGUGAACCAGGUUUACCUGGUCUUACUGGACCUGAUGGACCACAAGGACCUAAAGGAGAUCGUGGUAGAAAUCCUUAUCCUGCUUUUCCAAGAAAAGGAUUAAGAGGUGACACUGGAUUACCUGGAGCUCAAGGUGUUAUUGGUGCACCUGGAUUAAUGGGAAUGCCUGGAAGUGAUGGUUUACCUGGUCUUGAGGGUGAACCAGGAACAGAUGGUUUUCCAGGUAUUGGUGGACCAGAUGGAGUAGAUGGUCCACCAGGUCCACGUGGUUUUCAAGGAGAUACUGGUUAUCAAGGUGCUCCAGGUUUAACUGGACCUCGUGGUGAUGAUGCUGCACCUGGACCAGCACCAAAAAGUCGUGGUUUUCAUUUUGCUAGACAUUCACAAACUGAAAUGAUUCCUCAAUGUCCAAGAGGAACAGUUAAAAUGUGGGAUGGUUUUUCUUUACUUCAUAUUAUGGGAAAUAGUCAUCCAUGGGCUCAAGAUCUUGGUUCAGCUGGAAGUUGUCUACAAAAAUUCUCAGUUAUGCCAUUUUUAUUUUGUAAUUUAAAUAAUGUUUGUGAUUAUGCACAAAGAAAUGAUUACAGUUAUUGGUUAAGUUCAACUGAACCAAUGCCAAUGAUGAUGACACCAAUACCAGCACCAGAAGCUGGAAGAUAUAUAUCAAGAUGUUCUGUUUGUGAAGCACCAACAAGAAUGAUUGCUGUACACAGUCAAUCAAUGUCAAUACCAGAGUGUCCUGGUGGUUGGGAAGAAGCAUGGAUUGGUUAUAGUUUCUUGAUGCAUCGUGAUGCUGGUGCAGCUGGUGGAGGACAAUCACUCGUUUCACCAGGUUCAUGUCUUGAAGAAUUUCGUACACGUCCAUUUAUUGAAUGUCGUGGUCUUGGUACUUGUAAUUAUUUUUCAACAGCAAUAUCAUAUUGGCUUGCAACAAUAAAUGAUUAUGAAAUGUUCCGUAAACCACAAUCACAAACACUCAAAGCUGAUCAUACAUCACGUAUAAGUAGAUGUGCUGUUUGUCGACGUCGUCAAAUUAUUGAAGAUAAUAAUAAUAAUAAUAACAACAGUAGAUUUAAACAAUUUACUUCAAAUACAGCACGUUAUGUUCCACCACAACCACAACCACCACCAGUUAAUCCUUUACCUUUACAAUAUCCAUCAGAUAGACAACGUCAUGAACAACGAAAUAGAAAUAGAGGACCCAAUCAGGGACGAGUACCAAAUCGUAGAAGACAAAGAAUUUAUAAGCCUGAAGAAGCUAAUCAAGUCUUGGAUCAAUAAUACCAAAUAAUAAUUAAAUAAUUAAUGAUUAAAAUUAUAAAAAAACAAUAAUUACAAUGAAAAGUAAUUUGAUAAAAAAAAUAUAUAAAAAUACAAAC